UCCAUAUUGUACUACUCAGUGUCUUCUGCUCCCACUACUCUGCUCUGUGAAUCACUUGUCGCUUAAUUAUUUCUAGUUCUAAAUACCUUAACAACUCUUCUUUCUUUUUCCCAUCAAGAACUCCAUUUUCUCUACAAUGUUACCUCAUUUUUGUCACUGACCCAUCAUUAUUAUUCUGUGGAAAACCAAGUCUUGGUUUUUCUUCUUUAGUCAAGUUGUUAGAUUUCAGAUUCAAAACAAGUAUAUACAUACCUGAAAUGUCGUUUUCUUCUUCCCUCUGAAGCUGGAACCAUACGUGGUUUUCCGGGAAAACAUUUUCCCAUCAUUUUUUCAGUGUAAAGUAAACUAUGGAUGUGUCCGCGGCUCUACUGCUUUUAACGGCGAUCACGGCGUAUCUACUAUGGUUCACAUUCAUCUCACGGACGUUAAAGGGGCCGCGUGUCUGGCCCCUAUUGGGCAGUCUUCCAGGCUUAGUUGAGAACUGUGACCGCUUACACGACUGGAUCUGCGACAAUCUCCGCGCGUGUGGCGGCACGUACCAAACCUGCACUUGUGCGAUUCCAUUCCUCGCCAAAAAGCAAGGCCUCGUGACUGUCACGUGCGACCCGAAGAAUCUGGAGCACAUUCUCAAGACCCGGUUCGACAAUUACCCGAAGGGGCCCACGUGGCACGCCGUGUUCCACGAUCUACUCGGCGAUGGGAUCUUCAACUCCGACGGCGACACGUGGCUGUUCCAGAGGAAGACUGCCGCACUGGAAUUCACCACCAGGACUCUGCGCCAAGCCAUGGCUCGGUGGGUCAGCCGAGCCAUUAAGGAAAGGCUUUGCGUGGUUUUAAAGACAGCCGAACUCGAAGCCAAGCCAGUUGAUAUUCAAGACUUGAUGCUUCGGCUCACUUUUGAUAAUAUAUGCGGCUUGGCUUUUGGAAAGGACCCAGAGACUUGUGCGCCGGGGCUCCCUGAAAAUAGCUUCGCAUCGGCUUUCGACCGAGCCACAGAAGCCUCGCUUCAACGGUUUAUUUUCCCCGAGGUUCUUUGGCGGCUCAGGAAAUGGCUUCGGCUUGGGAUGGAAGUCAGCCUGAGCCGAAGCUUGGUUCACGUAGAGGAGUAUUUAUCCAGUGUGAUCGACGCCCGUAAGCUCGAAUUGCUGAGCCAGCCCAAAGAUGGGAACCCACACGACGAUUUGCUGUCAAGGUUCAUGAGAAAAAAAGAGUCCUACUCAGACUCGUUCCUGCAACACGUGGCACUCAAUUUCAUCCUAGCUGGACGUGACACGUCAUCCGUUGCUCUCAGCUGGUUCUUCUACAUGAUGAUCCAAAACCCAAGAAUCGAGGAGAAAAUCCUACGCGAGAUUUGCACCGUCCUGAUGGAGACACGUGGCGAUGACGUGGCGAAAUGGGUAGAGGAGCCACUUGGGUUCGAAGAGCUUGACCGAUUGAUAUACUUAAGAGCAGCACUGUCGGAAACCCUAAGGUUGUUCCCAUCAGUACCGGAAGACUCAAAACAUGUUGUCUCCGACGAUGUAUUGCCGGACGGUACAUUUGUUCCGGCGGGUUCAUCGGUCACAUAUUCAAUAUACGCAACUGGGAGAAUGAAGUCGACGUGGGGUGAAGAUUGCCUAGAGUUUCGUCCAGAGAGGUGGCUGAGCUCGGACGGUAACAAGUUUGUGAUGCAUGAUUCUUAUAGAUUUGUUGCUUUUAAUGCCGGACCCAGGAUUUGUUUAGGGAAAGAUUUAGCUUACUUGCAAAUGAAGUCGGUGGCGGCGUCGGUGUUGCUCCGCCACAAGCUGGCGGUGGUGCCGGAGCAUAAGGUGGAGCAGAAGAUGUCAUUGACGUUGUUCAUGAAAUAUGGGCUGAAGGUGAAUGUGAAGCAUAGGGAUUUACAAGGAAUUGUGGCAAGCUUGAAAAUAGAGAGGAAUAAUGAUGAAGGUGAACUGUUGUUGCAUGGGAAAGAGUCUGUUAUUGCUGCCGUUAAAUGUAACGGCGAAAGUUGUGACAGAGUUGAUGAGAGUAGUAGUGAAAUGGUAGUUGGGGUUGCUUAAGGGGUUGUUUUGGUGGAUCGGUGAAUUGAAUUGGAAUUGAAUUUGAAGAGGUCAGGUCACAGGGGGGUGGUGGAGCCGGUGGGCUUUGAUUGAGCCACAUGGAUGAACUGGGUCUGGGGUUACAGUUUUAUUAUUAUGUGGGCGUGUUUAUGACAUCAUGAAUAUGUUUCGCAGAAUUACUUUUACGUACGUACACAAUUCUUGCGAAUAUAAAAUAUAGUUUUUCACAUACACAGUAGUAUUAUUAUUAUUAUUAUUAUUAUUGAAGAGAGAGAGAUAUAUAUGGCUUUAACUCACUCUUGCUUUUUCUUGUUGGCUAGCUCCUUUGAAGUCCAAAAAAUUUCUAUAAUUUUCUAGCUUGUUGAAUGUACCAAGCUCAUUUAUUUAUUUAUUUAUUUAUUUAUUUCUCCAUCU